GAGGGAUCCCCAGAGAACACCACCGUGCCUAGUGGACGGCUAUUAGAGCCAUCGAGGCAUUGUUGGCCCUCCGAGUCGAUUGGUGAAGCUUUUGGCAUCUGCGGCUACUUCCCUCUCCACCUCCCACCCCGGAGAGGGCCAUCGGAGUACUCCCAAGACGAGCUCCUACACCUACGAAGAAAUGCGCUACCCCUCUGAUAGUUAACUUACCCCUCCUGCUUAUCCUGGCUAUUGACCAUUUAACCACAAGGGUUAGGGUUAGAUCGUUUCAAAAAUCCAUCCCGCGAAACGAUUUCAAGUUAGCUCUCUCGGAUCUCGAACGGAGGGGGCGGAAUCUCUAGCGCGGUCCACCGGGGUGGUUGGGCUCCAUUACACUUCUACACGGCUCAUCGGAUACUUUUGGAAGGUGUUUUUCUCAACCAUGGUGAUAGGGGGAUGGAAAUACCAGCUUUCGUAGCCGCUAUUAGUACUGAGCUCUGCGAGGUUUGGGAAUGACUGUCGGGAGCCGUUCAAUAUGUAUGUAUAUUCACUGAUAGUUGCGGAAUAUUUAUAGAGAGGAAUCUCCAUCUACGAAAGGGGCGGGGAGGUGAAGGGCUUGUUGACCGGAAAUCCAAAAUACUUGCUGUUCUUACUAUAUCUUGCGCGGCUCUCAACUCUUUGGGCUGCGCUUGGCCCGUAUCGCGAAAUCCCGUGGAAUCCUUCCCUUUAGACCGAGAACAUGCCAUCGCUCCUUUCCCGGUUAGCGACUUACGAGCUAAAAACCGGAAGUUGAAGCAAUAUUGGACUGGCUAUCUAGGACUCCGAGGGACACACGUUAAGUUAUCACUUGUGUGGCUGUAUAUAAUGAGCUGAAUUCUUAUGCAGCUCCGUUGCGUCACGACAUCAUACAAGUACAACUGACAUUCACUUACGGGCACCCUAGCAUAUGCCACCCACUGUGUUUCCAGCGAAGGAACCAACCACCUGCCCCAGCACCUUUGGGAAACCUUCCCUGAAUAAUUCACUCUACCCUCCAUGCCUGGCCGCCGACCCAGCACGAUCCUAUACCCUCACCCUCCAGGACUCCAUCCAUCAAUUGUUGGCGUGUGCUGAUAAAAGCCAGCUUGGUCUCGAAAAGCCACGAAUAAUUCCGGACUUGCAUGUGUGCUAA